ACUCACUGUUUUCAAGUUUGCAGACGGACGCGUUCAAGUGUCCAUUCCGGCUGUGGGACUUUGGAGUAACGGACUGCUCUACACCUGCGACGCUGAGGGGCGCGGCCGGGACCGCUGCCCGCAAAUCUCCGUUGCGACUUUACUUGGGCAACAACACAAAAAAGAAGUCACAACAAGGAGCGGGGAGUACUUUUCUUUUUUAGGAACAUCCCCGGGUUUAUUCGCGCACGCUGCCCCCCUCCCCGAAGGAGCUCCACACGCGGACGGGGGGACUUGAUUGACUCCGUUGGCUGGAGGCACAGUAACCUGAGCGCGGUCAUCGUUGUGCUGUCAUCCUGUCAGCAGAUAAAAUGGGAUGGACGAGCUAACGCGACUGGCAGACUUCUCGGGAGACUUGGCAGAUGAACGGGUUGUCACGGAGUCCCUGACAUCCACCGGCAGACUGACGUCCCUCCCGCCAAAGGGAACCGGCGCAUCGAGUCACAGGAACAUGGCCAGCUCGAGCGGUGGAGUUGGAGGAGGAGCCUUGGAGAAGAACAUCUUAACUCAGAAGAGCAGCACGACUUACUUCACUUCUUCCUCAGUCGGCGUGAGCAGCAGUAGCUACAGCUCCUCCUCGGGGGUUUACCUGGGAGGAGACGCCAUCGGUGCAGGCGACGGCGCGGGCAGCUACCUGGACGGCGAGGGCUACGGCAGUGGCGGAGAUUACUAG